CUAAUAACACGUCAGUUACAAAACCGGGACACCUCGAGUUCAGGAGAACUUGUGAAAUACUCUCAAGCUUGAAUGCAACAGUAGACGAAGACAAUGGAUAUAUAAUGAUCUGUAUAAGGAUGAGUGGCAUCACAAGAAGGAACUUCCAAGUUGGCUUGACUCUAAAAGGAUGCUCUCUGGUUUGAGCUUAGCUGUCCUCCUCUUGGCCACACGAACUACUGGUCAAUCCUGCCUAUGUUCAACUCUCCUGCCUGCUGGCCUGAAAGUGAACUGCAGCUCCUUAAACCUCAUGCAGCUGCCUCAUCUACCUUCAGACAUCAAAGAGCUCUAUGCGCAGGACAACCGGCUUACCUCAGUGUCUCCGGGCCUGUUUGACAGACUGGUUGGUCUGGAAAAGGUCUCACUGUCUGGGAACCCCUUCCACUGUGACUGUAGGAUCCAGUACCUGAGGAACUGGUUGCUGAAGAACAGGGCCAUUCUCUCUAAGGAGCCUACCUGUGCCAGUCCGAGCUCUGUGGCUCAGAAAGCCGUCACUGAACUCAGUGAUGACUUUUUUUCUUCCUGUGCCCCGGCAGGCUGCACUGGAGGGACUUACAACACCGUGAUGGGAGUGAUGCUAUGCUGCCUUGUUGUUCUGCUUCUGUGGAGUUUAAGACUAGCCAGAAUGUCCACCAUCACUCUGUACAUAAAUGAGAGACAUUCAGGAUUCGAGGCUGACUCGUUGCACUCACUGAAGCCCAAACACAGGAGGAGGCUGCACAAUGUGCUGUCAGAAGACAACUCUGAUUCUGUCAUUUAUACAGAGGAUGUAGAAAAGCAACUUAUAAACAUGGAGUUACUGCCACAAGUACUGGAUGUGUUGUACAAGAAGCACAAUAUAAAGAUAAAGGCUACCUGAGGGACUUCUAGAAAACACUACAAGUGGCAAAUAAAGUUAAGGUCAGUACGAGGCAGUACAGAAGAUCUUUUUUUAUGAUAAACUGCUAUAGCCCUGUCACUUGAGACUUCUUCUGGACUGUAACUCCUUUUUUGUUUUCUUCUUACAAUGCAAUGUAAAAAUUUCUACUAGUUUGCGC